AUGAAUGGGAGAUUGCAGGUGGGAUUUCAAGGUGUUAAGGGUCUGCGUCAAGGAGACCCUAUUUCUCCAUUACUGUUUGUCCUGGUAAUGGAAUAUCUCACCCGUUUACUGCAGCUAGGAGCUACACAGUCUAAGUUCAAGUUCCAUCCUCUGUGUAAAAGCCUCAAGAUAAUUAAUCUCUGCUUUGCGGAUGAUUUAAUCAUUUUCUGUAAAGCUAAUAAAGAAUCAGUACAGUGUGUUAAGCAGGUCUUUAAGGACUUCUGUUGUAGCAUAGGGCUGAAGGAAAAUCAUAGCAAAUCACAUGUCUAUUUUGGAGGUGUUCCGAAUAUAGAAAAGGGUCAUUUACUUCAGAUUUUACAGAUUAAAAGGCACCUCUCUUAUGCCGGGAGGACCCAACUCAUAAAUUAUGUCUUGUUGGGGUUGCGUAACUAUUGGAUGAAUAUCUUCAUGCUCCCUCAAAGUGUAGUUAAGGAGGUUGAUAAACUUUGCAUGUGGUUCUUGUGGGGUAACAAUGGAACCCGAAGUAACUUCCAUCGUGCUUCUUGGUCCAAAGUCAGCUUGCCUAAAGCUUAUGGGGGUUUGGGUUUUGGUGAAGGAGCAAAAUGGAACAAGGCUAUGCUUGCUAAGUAUAUUUGGGCAAUAAGUCAUCAGCCUGAGGCGAUGUGGGUUAAGUGGAUCAAUGCUGUCUAA